AUGUUUGCACAACUUGUCUUUCGACGAUUAAACCUCCCGUGGCUGGCCCGAAGGACUUAUUCCUCGGUGACACCAAGGGGGCUUACCAUGCAGCAAAAGCAGAUUGUGAAGUCCACCAUCCCUGCCCUGCAAGAACAUGGAGUCACGAUCACCACUCUCUUUUAUAAGCGCUUGCUAGAGAAGCAUCCCGAUCUCAAAAACGUUUUCAAUGUCACCCACCAAGCAACCGGCGAGCAGCCUGCGGCUCUAGCCCAUGCCGUUUGGGCGUAUGCGGUAAACAUUGACCAGCCUAAAGCUCUGAGCACAGCAGUUUCUCGCAUCGGACAUAAGCAUGCCAGCUUGGGUAUCAUGCCCGACCAUUACCCCAUUGUCGGUGAACACUUGCUCGCCGCAAUCAAAGAUGUCCUAGGGCCGGCCGUCAAUGACCAAGUCCUCGAUGCUUGGAAGGCAGCCUACCAGCAACUGGCGGAUAUUUUCAUCAACUUUGAGCAGGGUCUCUACCAACAGGGUGUGAAGACACCAGGUGGGUGGAAAGGAUGGCGAAAGUUCUACGUCUCAAAGAAGGUGCCAGAGAGCGACGAAAUUAUUUCUUUCCAUCUCACUCCGUUGGACAAGGGCGUCCUCCCAUCGUAUCAGCCUGGACAGUUCGUCAGCGUGCGUUGCUACGUGCCCGAACUGGGUUCCUACCAGCCCCGUCAGUACAGCCUAUCGGACAUGUCGAACAGAAUCAACUUCCGGAUCUCUGUCAAACGAGAGUUUGCGAAGGAUUCCAAGCCAGCGGGCCAGAUCUCAAAUGUACUUCACGAGUCGCUGCCGGAAGGUGCCGAAUUAGACGUGAGCAUGCCGUUCGGUGAUUUCAUUCUCGACAUUAACGCCAGCACUCCCGCUGUGCUGAUCAGUGGGGGCGUGGGCCUGACGCCGAUGAUGUCUAUGUUGAAAACCAUAAUCAGCCGGCAGGGUCAAGCGCGGCAAGUGGUGUUCGUCCAUGCGGCACGCAAUGGCCGUGUCCACGCCAUGAAGAGCGAUCUGAUCCAGAUAGUCGCCGAAAACCCGUCAGUGAGCCGCGUGGUGUUUUACGAAGAGAAAGCCGAGAAUGACACGCACGGGUUGGACUAUGAUCAUAUAGGCCGGGUGGAUUGGGCCAAAAUCAAAGACAAGGCUAUUCUCCCGGAUGCAGAUUAUUAUAUCUGUGGGCCUCAGCCGUUUAUGAAGGCUCAAAACAAGAAUUUGGAGAGUUUGGGUGUAAGUCCCGAACGCAUUCAUAUGGAGGUAUUUGGCUCUCCGCAUGAUUGA